UGGCGGAAAGAAAAAGAGCUGAAUUUUGAAUCCCAUUGUGCCUACUCAGUACCUGAAACGAGCAGGGACCGAGAGGCGGGCGCUGGUCCGUGGGCGCAGCGGGCCGCUGCCUGCUCCGCUGGCCCGCAAACAAACGGCCGUGGCAUCGGCAGAGGGGGAGCCAAGUGUCGCCGGGCCGGAGAGAAGCUGUGCCCAUGAAAAUCCAUGAACCGCUUUGUUUUUAAACUGCUACAUGGCAGGAAAUGAGAUGCUGAGCUUGGCAGAAAAGGGCCUUGGAAAAUGGGAAUAUGCCUAUCUUUUGAUGGGGCUGUUAUAAAUAUUAAUAAUAUUGCAAUUUUGGGAAAAAGCUGUUGUUUUGGCAUGCGGGUUGGAAUAGAAAACUAACUUCCAGGCGGUUCUCUGCAUGGACAAAACUGGAGUCAGGUUACUGCUCUGCUGCAGAAUGUGCUUUUGUUACUGAAGAAAACACUACACUGCAAAGUUUUCAGGAGGUUCACAAUGUGGUUGGAGUAUUAAUUAAAGAGAAAUGCCUAGGUAAUUGAUGGUGGAUUUCAGUGAAUGAGCCAAAGGAAAUGAAACACGGGGUUUCACCAUCAGUGGUAAAAUAUUGCCAUGGCAAUGGGUAGCUUUGCCAGGAAUAAACAAACAACAACAGGCCUCUUUCAGAAAAAAAAGAGAAUUUUCUGUUCUCACCUCACCAUGUCUGUGCCACUGGACAUCUUGGAGGGGAGAAGAUGGUGUAGCCUACUUAUGCAAGUCCUACAAAUCCAGCUUCCUUCUCACCGGUUGGAUUUUCCCCAUCUUACAGCACCUCGCAGGUUCUUCUCUGAGCAGUACGUUGCCUGAGUGAGUGGAAACAUACAGAUCAGCUGCAGGUUUCUAUCUACAAAAACAGAGUGAAAGAGAAAGAAAAGGGUUGGGAAAGCAGAGACAAAUAUUGACCUGGACUUAGAGAAAGACAUCCAAUGGCUGAAUAAAGAACCCUGUUCAUGUUUUGGGAUAUUCUUUCAACUGGCUGGAACGAGAGCGGAUCAAAAGAAUGGGAAAUGCCAGCAGACCCUUUAGAAGAAUUGCUUAUUUCUUAUGCCUUUUAUCUGUGCUUUUGCUGACUGAAGGGAAGAAACCAGUGAAGCCAAAAUGUCCUGCCUGGUGUACUUGUACCAAAGAUAAUGCUUUAUGUGAAAAUGCCAGAUCUAUUCCUCGCAGCGUUCCGCCUGAUGUUAUCUCACUAUCCUUUGUGAGAUCUGCUUUUACUAAAAUCCCAGAAGGGAGUUUUUUGCUCACACCAUCUCUGCAGCUUCUGUUGUUUACAUCCAACACUUUUGAUGUUAUUAGUGAUGAUGCUUUCAUGGGCCUUCCUCAUCUAGAAUAUUUGUUCAUAGAGAACAACAACAUUAAGUCAAUUUCAAGAAAUACUUUCAGAGGACUGAAAUCUUUAAUUCACCUGAGUCUCGCAAAUAAUAACCUCCAGUCACUUCCAAAAGACAUCUUUAAAGGCUUGGAUUCUUUAACAAAUGUAGAUCUUAGAGGCAAUGCAUUUAAUUGUGACUGCAAACUGAAGUGGUUAGUGGAGUGGCUGGGCAGCACCAAUGCAACUGUUGAAGACAUUUACUGUGAAAGCCCACCAGAAUAUAAGAAGCGCAAAAUCAAUAGCCUCUCUCCAAAAGAGUUUGAUUGCAUUAUUACAGAAUUUGAAGUUUAUCAGUCCCUGCCAUACCAAUCUCUGUCAGUAGAUACUUUCACAUAUAUGAAUGAUGAACACGUGGUUAUUGCUCAGCCUUUUACUGGAAAAUGCAUCUUUCUUGAAUGGGACCAUGUGGAAGUGAUGUUCAGGAAUUACGACAACAUUACAGGUACUUCAACUGUUGUGUGUAAACCUAUAGUUAUUGAGAGUCAGCUGUAUGUCAUUGUCGCACAGCUGUUUGGAGGCUCCCACAUAUAUAAAAGAGAUAUUUUUGCUAAUAAGUUUAUAAAAAUUCAAGAUAUUGAAAUCCUUAAAAUCCGAAAACCCAAUGACAUUGAAACUUUCAGGAUUGCUGAAGACUGGUAUUUUGUUGUUGCAGACAGUUCAAAGGCUGGUUUCACCACGGUUUACAAGUGGAAUGGGAAUGGAUUUUAUUCCCAUCAGUCUCUGCACGCCUGGUACAGAGAUACUGAUGUGGAGUAUCUUGAAAUAUCUGGCAAACCACAUUUAAUUCUGUCAAGUAGUUCGCAAAGACCUGUAAUAUAUCAAUGGAACAAAGGAACAAAUGAAUUUGUUAAGCGGUUUGAUAUUCAAGAUAUGGAAGAUGCAUAUGCUGUGAAGCAUUUCAAAGUGAAAGAGGAUGUAUACAUUUGCUUAACAAGAUUUAUUGGGGACUCUAAAGUAAUGAAAUGGGGUGGUUCAGCAUUUCUGGAUUUACAAAGGAUGCCAUCCCGAGGGUCAAUGGUAUUCCAACCACUUCAGAUAAAUAAUUAUCAAUAUGCCAUUCUUGGAAGCGAUUAUUCUUUCACUCAAGUCUAUUAUUGGGAUGCGGAAAAGGCAAAAUUUGUGAAGUUUCAAGAAUUAAACGUACAGGCACCAAGAUCUUUCAUACAUGUCUCCAUCGAUAAACGAGAUUUUCUCUUUGCUUCAAGUUUUAAGGGAACUACAUUGAUUUAUAAACAUGUCAUAGUUGACUUAAGCGCAUGACACUCAUAAUUCUGAGAUUACAUCAGACUUUCUACCGUAAGUGGACAAAAUGAACUAAAUGCAUGAUGACUCUCUUAUCUUACUUCCAAAUGAAUGCCUUUAAAAGUUGAGAUUGCUAGAACAAAGUAUUACUAGUAUCUUCAUCUUUAAUUGUCUAGUGGUGUUGGAAGUUGCAUUUUUUAACAAAAGAAAUUAAAUUAACUGUUCUUUGCAUCCACAAUAUGUAAAUACAUGUGCAACUGCAUCUGUUGCUAUAAAGAAUAUUAAGAUGUACUUUUCCAUUUAUUUAUUCACCUGUUUGAAACAACUGCCAAAUAAAAUGUUUACAUUUUGUGUCUUUCACAUUCCAAA